AUGGCAGAGUUGGGUCAGUCACUGUUGGAUUUUGGCAAGGCUGUAAAACUUCUUAGGACUUGUAAGGGUGAACCUACAGGAAAAGCCUUCUCUGAUCUUGGAACUAAAUCUGAGCUGUUAUCGAUUAAGCUCCAGAAAGUGGCUCAACAAGUUUUGAUGAACUUUGAGGAACCGUUGAAGGAUUAUGUUCGUUAUUUCAAGACAUGUCUGGACAUUAAACUCUACCCUCUUGCUUUCGUUUUGUGUAUUCAAGGCGACAAUAGCAUAACGAGGCACUGCAUUCAGACAACAUUUGACAAACUCAUGCUCACACGUUCUGACAAAGUAGGAGAAGCUGAGAAGGAAUACAUAGAGGAAGCAACGAUAAGAUUUGAGAGGAUGGUGAAGAGAACGAAAAGAAUAGUGAGGUUCUCAAUGCUCAAUUAUACCUUUUCAUAA